CGGCGCGCGGCAGCCAUGGUGAGCGAGUCCCCGGGGCCCGGCGCCGGGGUCCCCUGGCGGCGAAGCGACGAGGCGCUGCGCGUGAACGUGGGCGGCGUGCGGCGGCGGCUGAGCGCGCGCGCCCUGGCGCGCUUCCCGGGCACGCGGCUGGGCCGCCUGCAGGCCGCGGCGACGGAGGAGCAGGCGCGGCGGCUGUGCGACGACUACGACGCGGCGGCGCGCGAGUUCUACUUCGACCGGCACCCGGGCUUCUUCCUGGGCCUGCUGCACUUCUACCGCACCGGCCGCCUGCACGUGCUCGACGAGCUGUGCGUCUUCGCCUUCGGCCAGGAGGCCGACUACUGGGGCCUGGGCGAGAGCGCGCUGGCCGCGUGCUGCCGCGCGCGGUACCUGGAGCGGCGCGUGGCGCGGCCGCGCGCCUGGGACGAGGACAGCGACACGCCGAGCAGCGUGGACCCGUGCCCCGACGAGAUCUCCGACGUGCAGCGUGAGCUGGCGCUCUAUGGCGCGGCGCGCUGUGGCCGCCUGCGCCGCCGCCUCUGGCUCACCAUGGAGAACCCGGGAUACUCGCUGCCCAGCAAGCUCUUCAGCUGCGUCUCCAUCGGCGUGGUGCUCGCCUCCAUCGCCGCCAUGUGCAUCCACAGCCUGCCCGAGUACCAGGCCCGCGAGGCGGCGGCCGCCGUGGCUGCGGUGGCCGCCGGCCGCAGCGCGGAAGGCGUGCGCGAUGACCCGGUGCUGCGGCGCCUCGAGUACUUCUGUAUCGCCUGGUUCAGCUUCGAGGUGUCGUCGCGCCUCCUUCUGGCGCCCAGCACGCGCAACUUCUUCUGCCACCCGCUCAACCUCAUUGACAUCGUGUCCGUGCUGCCCUUCUAUUUCACGCUGGUGGCCGGCGCGGCGCUCGGCAACCAGGGCAGCGCGAGCGGCGAGGAGCUCGGCGACCUAGGCAAGGUGGUGCAGGUGUUCCGCCUCAUGCGCAUCUUCCGCGUGCUCAAGUUGGCGCGUCACUCCACCGGGCUCCGCUCCCUGGGUGCCACGCUCAAGCACAGCUACCGUGAGGUGGGCAUCUUACUGCUGUAUCUGGCCGUGGGUGUGUCAGUGUUCUCCUGUGUGGCCUACACAGCUGAGAAGGAGGAGGAGGUGGGCUUUGACACCAUCCCAGCCUGCUGGUGGUGGGGCACAGUGAGCAUGACCACUGUGGGCUACGGGGACGUGGUGCCUGUGACAGUGGCUGGCAAGCUGGCAGCCUCGGGCUGCAUCCUGGGGGGCAUCCUGGUGGUAGCGCUCCCCAUCACCAUCAUCUUCAACAAGUUCUCCCACUUCUACCGGCGCCAGAAGGCUCUGGAGGCUGCUGUGCGCAACAGCGGCCACCGGGAAUUUGAGGACCUGCUGAGCAGCGUUGAUGGAGUGUCGGAGGCAUCUCUGGAGACAUCCCACGAGACCUCCCAGGAGGGAAGGUCUGCAGACCUGCAGGCCCAGGCCCCCAGUGGGCCUCCAAAGUCUCAGAUUUAUUAAAACCAAGGCUCCAUGGGCCUCUUCCCACAUCCCUACAGUCAGCUGCAACAAAGCCGAGAUUCCUCCCCUGCUUAAGUCCUUCCUGGUGGCAUGCCCUCUCAGGGUUACUCACCCCAGCCUGAAAAAUGAGACCCAGAGGCUGGGUCCCUUCCGCCAAAGGUCCAGGGCAGGACAGUGUUACCCUAGAUUCUGUGAGCCUGGAGAACAACCCAGAGACCUUUAUAAGUGAACCUCCAGGCCAUCCGAGAAGCACGCAUGAGCCAAAGGGAGAAAGUGGAAAGGAGGCUAACAAUUCCUGAGCAUCUCCUCUCUCUUAGCUAUCUCACAUUUGGGCCUAUGCUGGAGGAUGAGAAUUAUCCCCAUUUCACAGAUGAGGAAACUGAGGCUCAGAGAGGUGCACUGACUUGCCCAAAUGUCACACAACUAGUAGUGGCGCCAAGUUUGUAAUCUGGGUUGUUGCUCUGCCAAGACCAAUGUUCCUUCUGCCUUGUCUUCCUUCUGCCCUCACAAAGUUUGCAUGGGGUUUUAGGGGGUUCAUGGAUCCCCCAGAGUUGAUCUGUGGAGUUAGAACCCUCUGUCAGAGCUAGAGAAAGGACCAGACAGGGAAUUCAGAAGUAGGAGCCCAGGGGCCAGCCCAGUGGUGCAGUGGUUAAGUUCGCAUGCUCCGCUUCCACAGCCUGGGGUUUGCAGGU